AUUGUCGGCCGCCAUGUUAUUUCAUUCUGCAUUCCGUCACCUGGAGGCUCGGUUACCGGCCCGGAAGGGUUAACGCCGUAAAGCAUGCAACUUGUCGCACAGGCAGGGCCGGGGGCAGGUCGGCUGCAUGGGGAGCGGUGAGCCCCUGCUGUCGCUAUGAUGUCGGUGCUGGCAGUGCUGCUGGGCCGGUGCCCGCGGUCUGCGCUCAGCUGCCCGGCCCGGCGGUUACUAAGAGGCCGCCAUGUGCUGGGGGUACGGGACGUCCCCGGGCCUGAGAGAGGCCGCCCGGGCCCCAGCGCUCUGCCCGCCGCUCACCCGCUCCGGUCCCUGCACGGCCGCGCCGCCCUCCACCGGCCCCUGCUGCGGCUCUCCGCCCGGAUAGUGUGCGGGAGGGGACGACACAAGUCUGGGAACGGCGAGAAGACGGGAGGAGAGGAGGCCGGGCCCCCCCGGAGCACUGACCUGUAUGAAAACCCAUGGACCAUACCAAAUCUUCUGUCUAUGACCCGGAUCGGCCUCUCUCCUGUCCUCGGUUACCUCAUCGUUGGGGAAGACUUUAACCUCGCUCUGGGCAUUUUCAUUCUAGCUGGAGUAACAGAUUUGUUAGAUGGAUAUAUCGCAAGGAAUUGGGCCAAUCAGAAGUCAGCAUUGGGAAGUGCUCUUGAUCCACUGGCGGAUAAAAUUCUUAUCAGUGUCCUAUACGUCUGCUUAACAUAUGCACAUCUGAUCCCAGUUCCUCUGACAGUCAUGAUCAUUUUGAGAGACAUCGCCUUGAUUGGUGCUGUUUUUUAUGUCCGCUAUAAAACCCUUCCUCCUCCAAGAACCCUUGGCAAAUAUUUUAACCCUUGUUAUGCAACUGCUCAGUUAGAGCCAACGUUUAUCAGUAAGAUGAACACCGCAGUCCAAUUAAUACUGGUGGCAGCAUCACUUGCGGCUCCUGUAUUUGAUUACGUGGAUAGUGUCUAUCUUCAAGCGUUAUGGUGUAUCACUGCUUUCUCGACCGUGGCCUCAGGGUAUAGCUACUACCAUUAUGGACGAAAGACGGUAAAAGUUUUGAACAAUAAGUGAAGUCUCGGACUACCCUUGGGACACGUAGGAUACCACUUCUCAUCCUUGUAAUUACUGGAUCUUAAUGAUCAAUGGACUCUAGAGCAGGAGCUAAUCGAAUCAACGUCUAAUAAUCCUAAUUAUACACGUAAUAUUCAAUAUUUGAAUGUGGUAUAAUAAACCCGGUGGAUUUUGUGGAACACUUUACGAAAGCUCCCCAGCAUGUAAAUGGUUUCUGUCAAUCUCUGAUGAAUUUUUGUCAAGUCCCUUUUUUUGGAUGUGAUAUUGCACUGCCAAAUAGGACUUUCUCCUGUUUAAUUAUUCUGAUUUGCACUUAGUAGUAAAGGAGUUUUAUAAGGGAAGCCACAUUAUAAACUUAAUAAACCAAUC